AUUCUUUUAAACAUUAGCCUGAAAAGAAAAUGUGCAAGUUUCAUUGAACCUUGAAAAGGGAUCGAGAUGGGGGGAGGGGCGGCGGGGGCACCCGAUUUCUUCUACAAGGAAGCUCAGCGCCUUGGCUAUGUUGCUCGCUCUGCCUUCAAGCUGGUACAGAUACAGAAGCAGCACAAGCUCAUCAAGGCUGGCUCAUCCGUACUGGACCUCGGCUGUGCUCCGGGUGCUUGGCUUCAAGUCGCUUGCCAGAGCCUCGGUCCUCCCAAUCAUGGCGGUUCCGUUCUCGGCAUCGAUCUCAAGAAGGUGAAGGUUCCUCCUCUUCAUUGUGAUUCAAGGGUGAAAACCAUCUCUGCUGACGUCAUGACCCUACCCUCUCACCAACUUAGAGCUCUCUCUCCACAGCAAAAAGGGUUUUCUGUUAUACUUUCGGACAUGUGCCCUUUGGUUUCUGGAAUCACAACUAAAGAUGCAGCUCUGUCAGUGGAGCUAGGGAUGCGAGCAUUGGAUUUGGCUGUUGGCAGAAGAGCUGCAUUUUCAGUUUAUGCUGACGGUGAUGAUAAUCAGGAAGGUGAGCAAAGCCAUGAUGCGGAAACUGGAGUGUUGCAAGUUGGUGGGAACCUUCUUAUAAAGCUUUUGGAGAGCGAAGAUGCAAAAGAAAUAAGCCAGAUUUCUAAGCCAUUGUUUAGAAAAUCUUCAUGGUUGAGACCUAAAGCCACAAGGCCUUCAUCAAGAGAGAUUUAUUUGAUCUGUCUAGGUUUAAAGCCAGAAGCAGAGAAAUAGAUUUUGUUUUAAAGUUCUGAUUCAAUUAUUAUUUUCUAGCUGAGUACUUUCUGAAAUGCAAUGAUUUUGAUUAUUUGAUUUGAUGACUUUGCAGUUUAUAAAA